AUGGGAAAAACUCAUUCCAAGGUUUGGAGGCCUAAAGAAAUAUCAAGAGAUUUGAAUGCUUUGCUGGAAAUCAAUGUAGAUUACAAACAAGCUUGGCGUGCAAAACAAUAUGUUAUGAAAGUGUUGUUGGGAUCCUCUAAAGACUGUUUUUCCAAACUUCGUAUUUAUUUUCACAAUUUGAAGAGGCAUAAUCCCGAUACAGUGGCCUAUAUUCAAACAGUUUCUGAAGAUUGUUUCGAGUGUUGUUUUUAUGCCAUUGGGAGCACAAUACGAGCGUUCAAACAUUUUUGUCAUAAAGUUAUAAUUAUGGAUGUUGCCUAUUUGAAGGGUGAUUUUAAGGGAACCAUAUUGUAUGCAGUAGCUAUGGAUGGGAACAACCAGAUACCGCCCCUUGUGCACAGAAUAUGCAAAAAAAAGAGUGGUCUUACUUGGACAUGGUUUCUUGAAAAGCUGUAUGAAUGUGUUGGUGAUUGUCAAGAAUUGACUUCUGUAAAUGAUAGGGCCGAUGCAAUUCGGGUUAGUAUUGAAAAUGUUUUCCCACAUGCUCAUCAUGGCUUGUGUGCUUUUCAUCUACUAGGAAACAUAGUACACAGUUUUGGGAAAAAUGAUAAAACAAAAGUGUUGUUUUGGAGGCUUGUGAAAACUUACAGAAGAAAUGUUUUUGAAGAAUUAUGGUAUAGAUUUAGUUCUACUAGGCCACAAGUAGCAGCGUAUCUAAGUGAAAUUCCCCGUGCUAAAUGGAGUAGAGCAUUUUUGCUGUCGAAACGGUACGAUUACAUGACCUCGAAUAGUGCAGAGUCCAUGAAUGCUUUAUUUGUAGAUGCAAAGAAGAUGCCUAUAAUACCCCUUAUUGAGUUCUUCCAUCGUCUUUCACAGGAAUGGUGUAACAAACGUCACAUCGAAGGAGGGAAACGUGCAAUAGUGCUAACCGAGUAG